GUUGAUUCAUAUUCUCGCAGUACUUCACCUUUUCUUUUCAUCUUUCAAAAAAAAAAAAACUUUUUUUUUAAAUUUCUUUUAUUUGAUUCAUUCAAUUCAAAAGCAGCCUGCAGCAACCUUUGAAACCAGCUGUGUGUUUUUUGUUUGGUUUUUCAUCUUUCCAUCUCCACCCUCAAAUCUUCUCUCUCUCUAUCUCUCUCUACUCUGUGUUUUUUCCUUUUCUGGGCAGCAGAAACUUACUCAUGAAGAAAUUAGUGCUGAAAUUGGAGCUUUCAGACGACAGCGACAAACGCAGGGCAUUGAAGAAGGUCUCUGCUGUUCCAGGAAUUGACGAAAUCUCUAUAGACAUGGGCAGCAAGCAGCUGACAGUGAUUGGCAAAGUUGAUCCGGUGACAGUGGUGAGCAAACUCCGCAAAGUGUGGAGGACAGAGAUCGUCUCUGUGGGGCCCGCGAAAGAGCCCGAGAAGAAAGAGGAGCCGAAGAAGGAGGAGCCCAAGAAAGAGGAGGAGAAGAAAGGGGAAGCGCCCAAAGAGGAGGCGAAGAAGGAAGAGCCGCCAGCGCAGCCGCCAGCAAAGGAAGAGCCGAAGAAGGAGGAGGCGGCAGAGAAGAAGGCAGAGGCGCCGCCUCAGGGACCGCCGCCGCCUCCCGCCGGGGCCCAGCAGCCGGUGGUGGUAAUGCCUUACAGGCAGUAUUACUACCCCCCCAUGAACACAUACUAUUAUGGCCACCACCACAGCAUUGAAGAGAAUCCCAAUGCUUGUGUCAUCUCUUGAAUUGAGUAAAUGCGACUUAUCAAAAAUCUCUUGCAUGUUGGGUUUUCUUAUUGGUGCAAGCCCAGCUGAGGUCACAUUAUUAUUAGUAUUAUUGUCAUUUAUAAAGCCAAGAAGCUUACCAUUUGUACAGUCUUCUUCUUCUGUAUGUCUAUUCAAAAACAAAAAAAAAAACAAAUCAAGUGUUGUGAAGAGAGAACCCAGUAAAAAUGUUGUAAAAUUAGCUUAAUUUGUGCAUUGCAUGUUGUUUGUGGGCACACUCUUGUCUUCCCAUGUUUGGAAAACCUAGUCAAUUUUAGGUUGCUUUCAUAAUGUUCUGUUGAAUUAAUGUGGGUGUGUUCC